GGACGUCAUCUUUGGCCAAUCUCAGCGCUCUAAAGUGACAUAAUGGAAUUUUUAGGGAUAGAAAACUUGCAAAUGCGUACUGACGCCCAUAGAUAACACCUCUCGAGGAGAGAGACAACAAUAUCAUAAAACAACAUCAUAAAGCGAUUCAAAAUAAGCGAAGAAUCAAGAAUACGCAAGAAGAUCAUCUAAAUGACUCGUUUGGCCAGCAAACCCAGCUCAGCCCUCUAUCGGGUGUAGGAUGGGAACACGCCUUACCCAGGCGAGGACUUCCGAGGAAUAUCGCGCAUUAUGAUGAAGAAAGACAUGAGUUUGAACCUGGACGACCAGAACAGCUCCAACCUGAAGCCAGAUUUGAGGGAUGCCGAGGGGAUUCUCAGUUCACCCGACUUGGGGCUCCUCAAGCUGGCUUCUCCGGAGCUGGAGAGGCUGAUCAUCCAGGCCAACGGGAUGGUGACCACCACGCCGACCUCCCAGUUCGUCUACCCGAAGUCGGUGAGCGACGAGCAGGAGUUCGCGGAGGGCUUCGUCAAAGCCCUGGAGGACCUUCACAAGCAGAACCAGCUGAGCGGCGGCGCGUGCGUCCCUCCGACGCUCAACAGACUCGCCAGCAGCACCGCGCUCGCCUUGCCCACGGAUCUGCCCGUGUAUACGAACUUGAGCGCGUACGGGAGUACCACGGUGAACUAUUCCACGGACACCAUUCCGUUCCCUCCGCCGGCGCAGCCGUCCCUGAAGGACGAGCCGCAGACCGUGCCGGACAUGCAGAGCUUCGGCGACAGUCCUCCGCUCUCCCCCAUCAACAUGGACACGCAGGAGCGCAUCAAGGCCGAGAGGAAGAAGCUCCGGAACCGCAUCGCCGCCACCAAAUGCCGCAAGAGGAAACUGGAGCGGAUAUCCCGGCUGGAAGACAAAGUGAAAAACCUGAAGAGCCAGAACACGGAGCUCGCGUCCACGGCGAGCGUGCUGAGAGAGCAAGUGGCGCAGUUAAAGCAGAGAGUGAUGAAUCACGUCAGUAACGGGUGCCAGUUGCUGCCUAACCAAGUUCAAGCUUAUUAGAGGACAUUCUGUCGGUCUUUAUCUAUCAGUGUUUGGGUGGUUGACAAACAACAUGCUCUGGUUUGGUUAAACGUCACAUUUCCACAGCAGUGCACGAGAUGUUGUGCUAUUGUCGAGAUAUUGUGUAGGCUAUAGCGCGGCCUAAAAUAUUAAGGAAGCACAAUAUUUUAUUAAACUAAUCUACUUCCGCGAGAAAAUAUAGUCCCUGAUUUGACGGAACGUCGCUAUGCAACGAGAUUAGCGAUCGCGCGUAGUGAUACGGCGAACGCUGUUUCGCAUCAUAGCGAAAGACUCGAACUAUAUUUCUUACUUGUGGUUAAAUAUUAUAUGUUUGAUUGGAUAAGCAGCGUUCCUAAUAUUUUCCUAAAACGUCCAAAUAUUAGUCCGCCUGUACGUGUGACAGCUGUCAGUCUGUGCGUUCGACUCUGUUUUGGUUUCGUUUAGAACUAUUUUCGUUGCUUUUAUUAUAAUAAUGGAUUUUUUUUAUUAUUAAAUAAUGAUAUUAAGUACCAUCAACAUUGCUAUGCAGCACAACUAGCAAUCGGUGAUGAGGUGAAAGCUUUUUCGCGUCAUCAUUCAGGACCGGAACUAUAUCUGUUUUAUGUCAUCUAUUAUUUUUAUUUUUAUAAUGUGACAAAAAGCGUUCGUAAAGUUUCCUAAAACAUCACUGGAAAGCUCUCUCUUUGUAUCAGUCCGCUGUGUGUUGCUUGGCAACACGAUCGUGCUUUGGUUUCUUUAGGAACUAUUUUCGUUGGCAGUGCUUUUAUUUUAAUAUUUUCGUUAAAUUAUUAUAUUACUUGCAAUCAUUCCGAUAGAAAAUACAGUCCUUGACUUGACUAAAUGUUGCUAUGCAAC